ACCGAGUUGAACUUGGAGAGGUGGGGGCGGGGCAGACUUUGACUACACCAAUCAUCGGCCACCUGCCAACGACUCUCUGCUCCUUCCACCAGUUGGAUUCUCAUUACUUCCGCUUCCAGCCUUCCGUGAGUUUACUUUAGACACCUGACGUUCCACGACUGGCGCCCCGGUGCUCACGUGAGCCGUUGCUCGCCAGGCUCCAGGCUCCAGGCUCCAGCAAAUGUCCUCUCUCGAACCACAAGCAGUUCCCGAGAGGCUGCCCGUGAAUCCACGACGACGCAAGGUGGCGGCUGGCGACCGAAAACGAGUCCCCGUCGCAUGCAACCACUGCAACUCGCGCCGCAAGAAAUGCUCCGGGCAACGGCCAUGUCGACUGUGCCAGUCGGCUGGCAGGGAAUGCGUGUACCCCUCCCAGCGAGAGAGUUCCUCAGGCACUGUGGCCGCUGAGCUGGAGCAGCUUCGCCAACGGUGCGCUGCCCUCGAAGUCGCCCUCGCCGACGCCACAUCCACCAGUGAGGACAGGCAGCCUCUGCUCUCCCACCACAGUCAUGUACGACUCGGCACACCGCCGCCUGUCGUCAGCGAGGCUGCCCCUGCCGCGGCAUGUGCCGGCACCCCCAGCACGCCGCCCGAUGCCACCGAGGGUCGCAUGCUGCAUGAUCCGGAUGGCACCGUCCGGUUUCUGGGCGAGACCUCGGGGGCCACAUUCCUGGACUACCUCAAGGAGUUCAUGACGUCCCUCUUCCCCCUGGCCCCCGAAGAGCCCUGGGCCGCAAGCCCGGACUGGGCGUCCCUCCCCGACACGGGCGUCCGCUUUAUCUGGUCUGUUGGUCGGUACCAGACGCACGACUCCCGUCCCCUGAGCGAGCCCGAGGUCGAUCCCAUGUGGCUCCCCACCCGCACCGAGAUGAUCUUGCUGCUCGCCGAGCUCCGCUACGCCAUCCAGGACGGCAACGGCGACUUCCCCUCGGGCGGCAUAUACUGGUGGGGAGACCUCGAGACCCUCCCGGUGCCUGGCCCGGGGGAGUCUGGCCUGCACAGCAACGAGCAGCUGGCCCUGUACCAGGCCGCCUUUGCCAUGGCCUGCCAGACCCGCACGGCCUCGCUUCGCGGCGCCGAUGCACGCAAGGCGGCCGAGGCGCACUCCCAACGGGCGAGGAUGCUACUGGGGAACCCGCUCAAGAUGCCCCGGAACCCUGCCGUGCGCAUGUCUACCCUAGCCCUCAUGGCCUUUUACCUCAUCGAAGUCAACCGGCGCGACGCGGCCUACGCAUGCGUGAGCAUGGCCAUCCACAUCGCCGUCACCCACGGCUUCCUGCGCGGAUGGGUCGACGAGCCCGGAAAGCGGUUAUGCUGGACACUGUACAUUCUUGACCGCUGGCUCAGCUGCCUCAUGGGACGGCCGCCCACCAUACACGACGAUGCCGUCCGGAUGGCGUUGCCGGUCGAAGUCGCAUCUCUCCCCCCAGCAGCAGGCCUCAUUGCACAUGUUGAACUGGCGCGAAUCUCGGGCUACAUUGUGUGCAACACGUACAGGGUUGCGCCUUGGCGCGGUGCGUCGACACAGAACAAGGCGCCGCAGCACUGCGUCGAUGAGGCCGCACAAAUGCUGCAGUCCUGGCAGGACAGCCUGCCUCUGCCGCUGCGGAUGGAUUCUGUGAGCUUCAACAGGGACCCGGCCGUGUGCAUCCUGCAAAUGUCCUUCCACCAACUGGUGGUUCUGACCGCGCGGCCUAUCUUCUUCAUCGCCGUCAAGAAGGCCGUGGCGGAGCGCUGCAUCCAGCCCGGUGGCAUCCCCUGGAGCCCCGAGGGCCACCCACGCCGGCACCACAUCGAGGCCGGGCUCGCCUCGGCUGGCUGGAACCUGCGCAUCGCGCGGUGGCUCGUCCAGCUGGAUGCAUCUAGGCGCUUUGCCCACGCAGAGCUACACUACGUCUUCAACGCGGCCAUUAUCCGCGUGCUCGAAGACUUGGCCCGUGAAUCCCUGCCCGUUCCGGAUCCUGACGUCACCUUCGCCCUCGAGCUUCUCAAGUCGGAUGCCGAAUCCGGGAGCAGCUAUUCCCGGGACUGCUGGGUGGUUCUCACGGGCCUCGCGGGGCUGGUGCAGGCGUUUAAUGCCAUGGGCCGCGCCCGGCAAUCCUUGUCUGACCAGAUGGGUCUGUUUCCGGGAGAGCAGAGCGGCGCAGCGUUCGACGGGAUGCAUCAUCCGGCAGGCUCGGGAUCUGUGACCGUUCAGGACGACCUACAGCUGUUCCAACUCAGUCAAGGGGACACUCUAUACCGCGAGUUGGUCGGCUGGAUGGAAAUGGAUGACUAUUCGCUAUAUCAUAACUUUGAUACAUGAAGGCGUCGUAUGCCAGUUCGUAAUCAUGGGUGUACGAGCUACUGCUGGUGCGAGUCUGACGACCGCCCUGAUUAUGGGCCAAGGCACGCUCGACCGCCAAAAACAUUGAGCACUGAUCCAAAAAAACAUACAACAGCCGGUAUUCGCUGGUCGUCACCGACCCAACUACUAAUCAG